GCACUGGCCACAUCUGGGACAUGCUGCCUCUGUAAUUUCCAGCUGUGCAUGUAUAUAAACAUGAUACAAACUCAGGUCCAAUACCAGGUAUACAGCAGCUACAUGACUAUAGUAUAAUUAUUCUAAAGCAUUGUAUGCGUGUAAUGCAUGUUGAUUGUUCUACUCCCUCAAUACAUGAUCUCCAUAUGAUGUCAUUAUAAAUGAAUGUCUCCAAUCAGUAUGAGUCUGUAUUGGAUUUACAGUCUAAUGUGAACAACAGGAUUUCUUAAUCUCAUAUACAUUAUGACACUAACUCUGUAUGCACUAUAAGAAAUGUCAAGACCUUUAGAGCAUAAUGUUUUUCAGUUAUUGUUACCCAAGGACUUUUGAUGCUAGACAGUAAAAAAAUGUGGAACUGUCACAGGGGUUGUUACUUUAUAAGAAUACCCCAAUCCCAUUACAGCAAAAAUGUAACUUUGUCUGUUUUUAACAGUGUCUGGAUAAAAUCAAUGGUAAUGGGAGGUGCCUGUGUCAGCCCAACUUCAAGGGAACAGCCUGUGAGCUUUGUAAAGAAGACAACAAAUUUGGCUCGUUCUGUAAUCAAACUUGCACAUGUAUGAAUGGAAUUUGUGACAGUGGCCCUCAGAAAAAUGGGACAUGUAAACCUGGAUCUUGUACCCCUGGUUUUCAUGGCACCAACUGUGACCAGCGAGAUAUUCCAUGUCCUGGAUCUGUGAGCCGCAGAUGUCAUGUGCAUGCUACUUGCAUACGAGGAGGAAAUGUUGACAGCUGCCAGUGCAAUGCUGGUUAUGAGGGUUCUGGACUACAGUGUACUGAAAUUGAUCCUUGUUCCAAACCUAACUAUGGAGGCUGCCAUCAUGAAGCUAUUUGCACCAAGACUGGACCUGGUAGUAACAACUGUUCAUGUGAUAAUGGGUUCCGUGGUGAUGGUUUUGUGUGUGUCGCAAUAGAUCCUUGCAUUGAGCAAGAUGCUGGAAAUUGCCAUAGUAAUGCAGACUGUCAGUACAUAGGCCCUGGACAGAGCAUUUGUGUGUGCAAGCCAGGUUAUACAGGAAGUGGCUCAACAUGUUCUGAGAUCAACCCCUGCUUAGUAAAUAAUGGAGGCUGCUCCCUUGACGCUAAGUGCAUGCGUACAGGCCCAGGGAAUUACAGUUGUCAUUGUAAUAGUGGCUUCAUUGGUGAUGGCUAUUUCUGUUUUGGAUCUGUUGCUACGAUCAUUUCAAGGAUCAAUCCAGGCCUAGAGAAUUUAAUUAGGCAAGGACAUAUGCUACACUACCUGUCUGAUCCAAGACAAAACCUCACAAUGUUUGCACCAUCAAUCUUAGCACUCUCACAGUUACCUGACACUGAGAAAAAAUAUUGGACUAACAGCACAGAGAGACUACAAUAUCUAAUAAGGUAUUGUGUAUAUGUGCAUUCGCUUAAGAGACAUAACACAGCAAAUUAAUAAUUAUUCUCAUGAACAUGCACAGAGGGAACAAUUAAGUCUAUUCUAUUGCACUGAUCAUGUACAAUAGAACAUUCAUCAUUCCUUGGUUGGGGUAUCGUAAACAAAAUUACAUAAGAAUCAUGAUUUCAAAAUCCUUGACUUCUUGAUGCUCCUGCUUAGCUUGAACCAAACGCCAUUUCCACAGAGUUUGUUUCACUGUAAUAAAUUAUGGUAGCCCCAAUUUCUUGAAAUCCUAGCUGUUUUAACAAAUUUCCAUUUUUUUUGGGAUGUGCUAAAAAUCUGGAUUCCGUUGUAGUUGAAAGAGAAGUUAUAAUAUCGAAACAUAAAGUACAGUUUUACACUGUAUUUCCGCGUCCUUUCACUUAACAACACAUUCAAAUACCUCUCUUAUGCUUCUUUUCUCUUCACUGAAUUUUCUAUACUUAAUAUUUAGCUUCUUUGAAAAUUGACAGUUCAGCAUUAAGUAAAGUUUAAGUUAGUGACAAAAGUAAUGUAAGCAAUCGUAACUUUAAGUAGGUUAAGUGAUAUAAGAGAUUGACGAUGUAUGUACUAGUAGUGCAGGAAA